CCCUCAAACGCCGUGGCCAGUCGAUUCAACAGAUGCAAACAACGUUCAUUUUACGGUACCUGAUAUGAUCGACACUAUACAGGAAUAUGUCAACCUAAAUGAUAAAAUGCGGAUGAUAUUAAAUCGUUCGGGAUCUAGCUCGCUAGCCAGUAGUAGCUGUGUUAUCGUCUAGCUAACGUUCGUUUAAGUCGCAGUAACUGUUACGGAGGUGGAGUGGCUAGCUUGUCAGCUGGUGAAACAGGAGGAGCGGUGUGAAUGUAAUACAUUAAUCAUUAGCUAGCAAAUGUAGCUAGCUGGCUAGAUUAUCACACUAGGUAGUCCUUCGCUAUCAACUGUUCUGUUGUGAAUGAUCAAUUACAACUGAGCUCUCUAGUCUAGUUAACGUUAGUUAGCUAGGUUUGCCAUUCAUUGCCAUUAUUGUCAUCCAACGUGUCAAUAAGUGCAUUUUGGUCGUUUUGAUCGACAAACUGUUGCUCAGCUAGCACAGCUAUUGUUGACAAAUCGCAAGGAAAUGGUUUUGAGGAGCUGUUGUAAAUUUGGCCAAGUUUUAGUCUGGUUCCGACUUGGUUAUGUGGUGCUGUUGUGGUUAUGUGUAACCCACUUUCGGUGCGCACGGGCAGAAACUAAAACGGUGGUCCAAAAAGAUGCAGAGUUUGAUGUUACCUACAACGAUACGGUUACGAGUGACAACCAAACCAUCUAUGCCUUCAAUCACACCGUCUCCAGAAACAAGACGGAGGGGGUCCGUGUGACUGUGGACGUACUGUCGGAGGGGGCAGUGAGCAGUCCCAUCCUGUUUGUGGUCAGACAGAAGCAGGCCGUGCUGUCCUUCCAGGUCCCCCUCAUACUGCGUGGACUGUACCAGAGGAAGUACCCCUAUGCCCAUGUGGGCCGAACGCUGUGCCAGCCCCCCACCCGCACCCUCACCGAGACCCAGUACUUCUUUGUGGACGUGUCCACCUUGUCCAGCUUGGGAACCCAGUACCAGCUGAGGAUCAGCCGCGUGGACAGCUUCACCCUGCAUACAGACAAAAAGUUCAGCUUCACUGCCUCACCAUCCCAACCCCAGUACUUCAAAUAUGUGUUCCCUGACGGAGUGGACACGGUCAUCGUCAAGGUCAACUCUGAGAUGACCUUCCCGUGCUCUGUCAUGUCCAUCCAGGACAUACAGUGCCCAGUGUAUGACUUGGAUAACAACGUGGCCUUCAUUGGCAUGUAUCAAACCAUGACCAAGACAGCUGCCAUCACUGUCCAGAGGAAGGACUUCCCUAGUAACAGUUUCUAUGUGGUGGUGGUGGUGAAGACUGAGGACGAGGCAUGUGGGGGUCCCCUGCGCUUCUACCCCCUCCGUCCAGAUGAGCUCACCGAUGCCGGCAACCGCAGUAAAACUCUGGACGUGGUCGUCUCACCUGCUAUCAACUCGGAUGUGUACGUGAUGGGCAUGCUAUUCUGCCUGAGCAUCUUCCUGUCCUUCUACCUGCUCACCUUCCUGGUGGCUUGUGUGGAGAACAAGAGGAUGCACAGGAGGAGGGAGGGGCUUCUGAACCCAGUGGUCAUGUCGCCCACGGAGACAGCCUCUCUACUGGGAAAACCAGGUGUGACUCCAGUCUCCCCCUAUGAAUACGGUUGCUUUGCGGACAACGCCAGCACGUUGAGCUCAGAGGCCAUCACAGACAGCAUAGCAUCAGAUGCCAACUACGGAUACAUGGGACAGGAGACUUUGAAACGCAGACCAUUCCUAACUGCCAUCCACCACGUAGCCAUCUGCAUUGAGCGUUCGUUGGAGAGUGUUACGGGUCGUAGUCGUCAGGAGUCUCUGAGCUCAGUAGAGGAGGAUGACUAUGACACGUUGGCCGACAUCGACUCGGACAAGAACAUCGUCCGCACCAAGAAGUACCUGUGUGUGUCGGACCUCGCUCGCAAGGACAAGAGGGUUCUGAGUAAAAAGUACCAGAUCUACUUCUGGAAUAUUGCCACCAUAGGUGUGUUCUACGCCCUCCCUGUCAUCCAGCUGGUCAUCACUUAUCAAACGGUUGUCAACGUGACAGGAAAUCAGGACAUCUGCUACUACAACUUCCUGUGUGCACACCCCCUGGGGAAUCUGAGUGCCUUCAACAACAUACUGAGUAACCUUGGUUACGUGAUGCUGGGCCUCCUCUUCCUGCUCAUCGUGCUGCAGAGAGACAUCAUCCACAGCAGAGCGCUGGACCACAACGACCUCAACGCGCUGGAGUGUGGCAUCCCUAAGCACUUUGGGCUGUUCUACGCCAUGGGCACAGCUCUGAUGAUGGAGGGGCUGCUGAGUGCCUGCUACCACGUCUGCCCCAACUACACCAACUUCCAGUUCGACACCUCCUUCAUGUAUAUGAUAGCUGGGCUCUGUGUGCUAAAGCUAUACCAGAAGAGACACCCAGAUAUCAAUGCCAGCGCUUACACUGCCUACGCCUGUCUGGCUGCUGUCAUCUUCUUCUCUGUGCUAGGAGUGGUGUUUGGGAAGGGCAACAUGGUGUUCUGGAUCGUCUUCUCUGUCAUCCACAUCCUGGCCACCAUGCUGCUCAGCACCCAGCUCUACUACAUGGGCCGCUGGAGACUGGAUUCUGGCAUCCUGCGCAGGAUUGUGUAUGUGAUCUACACCGACUGUAUCCGCCAGUGCAGUGGCCCCAUGUAUAUUGACCGAAUGGUUCUGCUGGUGAUGGGAAACAUAGUGAACUGGUCUCUAGCUGCCUAUGGGUUACUAAAGACGCCCAAUGACUUUGCCUCUUACCUGCUGGCCAUCGCCAUCUGCAACCUGCUACUCUACUUUGCCUUUUACAUCAUCAUGAAGGUGUGCGUGCUGGGGGAGCGUACCGGGGGCCUUCAGAUGCGGCUUGUGGGCGUCCUAGAGCAAACUGGAGAACGCCUUCGUGAGAGUCAUAAUACGUUCGGGACGCUACAGACGUUUCUCCGCAGUGGUGAGAGAAUCCAGUGCAUGGCCAUGGUGUGUAUCCUCUUCACGGCCGUAGUGUGGGGCUUCGCUCUCUUCUUCUUCUUCCAGGGCCUCAGCACCUGGCAGAAAACCCCCGCCGAGUCCCGGGAACACAACCGUGAUUGCAUCGUGCUCUCCUUCUUCGACGACCACGACAUCUGGCACUUCCUGUCUUCCAUUGCCAUGUUUGGUUCCUUCCUGGUUCUCCUCACCAUGGACGAUGACUUGGACAAUGUCCAGAGAGACAAGAUUUUCGUCUUCUGAGAAAGCAACUCUCUGGCUCCGCCUUAAUGUUUCUCGCUGGCCAAUAGUGACACAGUGGCAACUGAGACACCCAAUGGCCUGUCUCCCUGACUGCAGGCGGGCUGGGCAUCUCUCAGCCAAUCAAAGAGCUGGGGAAGGACGGUGCGCCGUCCCCCGAGUUGGAAUCUGUAUGGACACUCGGCGUGCCAAUCAAUGAGUCUGGUUCACCAGGACAUGCUGACAUUUCUCCUUACUGCCAUCCAAUAUUACAGUGGUCGUUGUUUUCUUAUUGCGGAUAAAGAUAAUGUUAACAGUUCGAAUUUAAUUUAUAUUGCAUCAUUAUUGACCUGCAACUCCAUCAAUGCAUUUAAACAUGUAUAGACUGUGUGUGCCUGUGUAUAUAUGAUUGAGCAUAAGUGUGUGUGUGUGUGUGUGUGUGGGAACACACUCCAUGUCCAGUCUGUGGCCUUUAAUAUUCUAAUCAUGUGCGUGGUCUGUAUGUAUGUAUUUCUAUGGCUCAGUCGGAUACUGUACGCCGGAUGGGAAUGGAUCUGUCCCUGAGCGAUAAAUGAUUGUAUUUUAAUUACUAACUACGUCCUUAGCUGGUGAGGAAAAUAUAUUUUGCACUGUAGGAUAGGAACUUGGGACUAUGUGAUGGAACGGUUACUGAAUAAAGUUUGUCCACGAUGAUAAA